AUGGUAGGAAAGGCUAGAUCUUCCAAUUUUACCUUAUCCGAAAAGCUUGAUUUGCUAAAGCUUGUGAAGCCAUAUGUGAAAAUUCUCGAAGAACACACUAAUAAACAUUCAGUAAUAGUGGAAAAGAAUAGAUGUUGGGAUAUCAUAGCAGUUAACUAUAAUGCAAUUGGAGUAGACCGCCCUCCUCGAACAGCACAGGGCCUACGCACCCUUUACAAAAGGCUCAAAGAAUAUGCCAAACAGGAGCUAUUGCAGCAAAAAGAUACCCAAUCAGAUUUUAAAAGCAAUAUUUCUGAGCCAACCAAGAAAGUUAUGGAGAUGAUUCCCCAGAUUUCCAGUUUUUGCCUGGUAAGAGACAGGAACCACAUACAAAGUGCAAACUUGGAUGAGGAGGCACAGGCUGGUACCAGUUCACUACAGGUAAUGUUGGAUCACCAUCCUGUUGCUAUUACAGUGGAGGUGAAGCAAGAAGAAGACAUUAAACCACCUCCUCCACUGGUUUUAAAUUCUCAACAGAGUGAUACUUUAGAGCAAAGAGAAGAACAUGAAUUAGUACAUGUUAUGGAAAGAUCCUUGUCGCCUUCACUUUCCUCUGUUGAUAUGAGAAUGACAUCGUCUCCAUCUUCUAUUCCAAGGAGAGAUGAUUUUUUUCGGCAUGAGAGUGGUGAACACUUUAGGUCACUAUUAGGGUAUGAUCCUCAGAUCCUGCAAAUGUUGAAAGAGGAGCAUCAGAUAAUUUUAGAAAAUCAAAAAAAUUUUGGAUUGUAUGUUCAGGAGAAGAGGGAUGGAUUGAAAAGAAGGCAGCAGCUAGAGGAAGAGCUACUAAGAGCAAAAAUUGAAGUGGAGAAGCUGAAAGCAAUUCGCUUACGGCAUGAUCUACCUGAAUAUAACAGUCUUUAA